AUGUUCAGAUCACUCGCGACAGCUAUGAGCAAGCGCAUGGCCUACCUCGGCCCGGCGGGGACAUAUGGCGAGCAGGCAGCCAAGGCUUUCCUCGCCCGGUUGCCCGACAAGAACGUCGAGUUGGUCCCUUGCCCGAACAUCCGAGCUGUCUACGACGAUUCGGCAGAGUACCGCGUCCUACCGCUCGAGAACACGCUGCAGAGCGCUGUCAUCGAGACUGUCGAUGCACUGCUGAGCACGCUCGGCCAGGCGAAGCAGGCGAACGGCUCCACAAGACCAAGAUCAGCAGUCGCCGACACUGCGCUCCAGAUCUCACACCAGCUCGUCGGACUCAAGGGUGCAACCCUCGCCGACAUAACGCACGUUCGAUCACACGAGCAGGCCCUGGGCCAGUCGGCAUCGUGGCUCAGCGAGCAUCUCCCGAAUGCCAAGCGGGAGCCCUGGUCGAGCACGGCUGCGGCCGUCGCGAGUAUCAUGGAGGAGGGCGACAAGAGCGGUGCAGCCAUCUGUUCCAAGUCGGCAUAUGAGAACGACAAGAACAGGCUCGAGCGCCUCGCGGACGGGACGCAGGGAGAUCCCACGCCAAAGUCGGACGUGACCGUCAGCUUCUACGCUGUGCCGGAAUCUCGACUGAUCCAGGACGUGAAGGGUGAGCUGGUUGCCGCCCACUCACGGCCAGCUCCGCAGGGUUGGCGUUCGGAGACGCGCACAUCACGAAGAGCGUGGCCGGUUUGGACACUGGUCGAAGUGAGAGGUGACGCCCCCGCGCCGUCAGAUGCUGUCUGGCUGGGAACAUUCAAAGAGGAUCCCUCGACAUACCAGCGACUCCUCUAG